AUCACUCGAAUAUGUCGCACAUUCGGUUGCAAGAAAUAAAAAUAAAUUUUCUUAUCUCUACCAAAAAAAUUUUAUUUUAAUCUUUCAAUCAAGAAUUGUCUGUUCGUAAUUUCAUUACCAACAACAAGAAAAAACACUUUUCCAUUAUCGUCGCAAGAAGAAAGUUCUCAUAGUCCCGCAAAAAAUAAUUUUAUUACGCAUUUUCGAAACUGAAGGAGAAAAAUUCUUAAAGUUAUUUAUUUCGCUCUGAGUUUGGUCAUUUUACAAUAAGUUCUACAAAGUUUACGCUCAAUGGAUAUUCAAACAGCAAUAAACACUCCUUUUGUGAGAAUUCGGUUUAUCGGAUUUGUUCAUUUUACAUUGCUGGUGAAUGCAAUGUUAAGUCACUGGCUUCCGCCAGCCUAUAUGUUUUACAAUAUCCUCUUCUUGGUAUCAAUUUUAUGGGCGAUUCAUUCACGAGAAUCGGUUGAUGCCAUUCAUACUGCAGCGGCGAUCAAUUUCUCUUCAUUCUUCUUCGAUUUCAUUAUUGUUAUUGCAUUCUUCCCCAGUGUAGGUGGAAUCUGGUCAACAAUCUUUGCUGUGAUUAAUCUUUGUGUGCGUCCAUUUUCGCUGCUGCUUUUGCACAAAGAACUCGUUGAUCGAGGUGGUGAUUUUGUGCUUGUCAGUGUCGCAUCAAAUAAUCCACCAAACAAUGCAAGAACACCAAGAAGUUAUCAAGACAUCGACGGAAGUCGUCAAAAUAUUCCCAACAGUCAGUCAGCUCAAUCAAACAUAAGCAAUUUAUUCUAAAACAAUGAACAGCCAAAACGAAUCCUAAUGUCGUGAAACAUUUUACAAAGAAAUGAUAACAAUAGUCGAUGGUUAUUUAUGUGCUUUAAGUGGAUCAAAUGCCAUAUUUUACACCCUUUGAAUGUCUAUUUUCUUAUCAAAAAUUUAUCCCAACUUCAAAUGUAUUUCUACAAGAUUUUCAAUGGAAUUUUAAUGAACUGUUUUGAAAAAUUUAUUGAGAUCAAGAUGACAUUUCUCUCGCUGUUAUUCACAUGACAUUAGUUUGCUGUUUCUUUCGAUGAACCUAAAAUGAUUAAACACAUUAACCGAUCUAUUAGAAAUCUCCUUUAAAUCAUUCGAAAUAAAAAGACAAAUGAAUUAUGAUUUAAUCUUUAUGAUCUUUAUGAUGUUAUCCCGUUGAAGUGAAGAACAUUUAAUUUGUAAUUAUUAAUCAAGCUUAUUAAUUUAUUUGCACUCACAAUAAUUUCUUUAAAGAAUUAAAUAAAAGAGAAAUGUAUUUAACAAAACCUGAAAACA